AUGAAGUCGGCUCAGAACUGUAACAUUUUCUAGCAUAUUUUUGACAGCAAGCAGUUUAUGCAGAGCAUGACCAUGACGAUCCAUCCUUCGCUGGCGAUAUGAGAGAUGUGCAGCUUGUCGCUGCCAAUCUACCAAUUAGGAUGGAUGAGAAAAUUCCACUCUCUGUGAGUUUUGCAUUUUUUACUGUGAUUAGUAUAACCUGAACAGAGGAGAGGUAUUUAGACCUUUGGAUGACUUUCUCCAGCUAAUUGUUUACCAUUAUACCGGGCUUAUUGCCGACUGCCAGUCACACUGAUCCUCCAAGGUCAUUCUGGUCUGGGAAGGGUUCUUGUCACUUUAGAAGUAGAACCUUUUGUCGUUAUUUGCGUAAUCUAUACCCUUUGUAGAUGAUGUUGUGAUCGUCACAAAACUUGUGAAACUUGCUUGCACUUAUGACGGCAUUCGCUUUGACGCGUUGAGCAAGUUUCCCGCUGUUAAUUCAUGAUUUUGGGAAUAAUUGCUCUCCGCUGCCGUAGGUCAGUCAGAAGAGUCGAGCCGCGCCUUCCACCUUGUUCUGUUGUCAGCCAAGGCCGGAUUUGAAGGAGACAGCUUACCAAACGAUUUGUCCUUUAGGCCGGCACAGCCCACUUACCGAACCAUUUCAGUUAACGAGAUGGAACAGUGUUGUUGACUAGUUUUGCCCCUGAUCAGCCAUAUUUGCUCGUUGGCGACGCCUCUUGGGGUACGUAUUUGAAGACUAAGUGUGAGUACCGCCGAUCAAACAGUUCCGGGUGUUGUAUAACUUCUGGAUGUAUCGGCCACAUUGCGCAUCCAUAUUCAAAGGCUUGCUUAACUUAUUUCCGCAGCCCAGUCUUCUAGUUAAGUGUGGACCAAUUUCAAGAGGCUUUGAAGUGGUUAAACGAGGGUCACGUGUGCCCUUUUAUUCGACAGUUUAUUUAUUAAAUCUUCACCUUUGACAGUAGGCUCGACCAUAUCGUAGCAUUUCGUAUCAAAUAGCCCUAUUAUUUUUCCACAUGCCAUAACUUGGCUGUUUUUGUGCCUCUUUGGGAUUCUGACAAUGAUGUCGCCAGUACCGCAAUGCCACCAGCAUAGUCAACAUCCACAAAGAAUAAACCACGACCCACUUUAGCACUUGGGUUGGCUGCUGACGGAUGCUUGUCGCGCAUAAUGUUUGAAUAAAUCGAGGUAACGUUGGUGGCUUGCCAUCAUACUGUAUGAGCGACCAAAGGAACUGCCGACCAGCAGAGUCGAAUGCAAAGAAAAAGCUCUCGAAACAGAUAGGACUGUGUUUUUAGGUUGCCGUUCCUACAAUGGGCUGCUCUGGGCAAAAAUGGGGCCAGGCCGGCUCAUGGCACGCGUUUAUUGGACAGCACAGGAUCCGCGCGAACCCGUAACUGUUGUCGCGCAUGCGCAUGUGACACACCCUAGACGUAGGACAUUGCGUCCAAUCCCACCGCCCAUUGAUUGGCAGUCUCGGACAGCCGAUUGGUGCAUGGGAGAGGGGAGAUAGAGAGUGAGGCCGACACAGGGUAACUCACCAUCGCGACACAUCAGCGAAUUCCUCACUAUAAUGAUGCAGAGACGCUCAAAUCUAUCACGACGCACUAAGACUCGUGACUUAGAAGGUUGCCAACUGACGAAAUAACUCAGGACCGAAACUCCGGUUGCAAUGGCUUCUUCUCGAUGUGACACUUAAAGAAGCCUAGUUCAUGGAGUGGAGACCAGGUCGCGUGUCGCAAGCGUAAACAAGCUGCCUAACUUUGUAAACCACUGCGCUCGCGCCCACCUCCGAUCGUGUUCAUAUUGUAUUGCCACCGGCGCAAAGUGGGCGGUGGAAGAAGGAGUGCGGUAGAUGCGUUGCAAGCCGACCUCACAAUGAACUAAUCCAUAUGUAGGCCACCAGUGCUGUGCAGACUCCGUGGGCCUGCGGCAAACAUCCUCGUCCGCAACGGUCGAUCUGUCACUUGAGGGCUUGGCCUUGCAAAAAAUUCUGGCCACGGCAACUCCAGCUAGGCCGUAACUUGUCAGGCCGUCCUGAUGUAGCUAGAGACGACAGAGGGAUACGGUUAACAAGACAUUUGCGGUCAUUUUAGAGGAUUCAUGCCACGAAAUUUCUUGAACAACGAAUCUGUUGUCUUCCUUGAAGAUAUACAUGGGGAAAAUUUGGCCACGGCCUUAUUUUUCCCACAAAAGGCCGCUUUCUACAGACCCUCAGUAUAGAGCAUUUGGGUCGUGGUGCGUAGCGACCGUGGGUCUGUAAACCACACCAGGAAGACACACAGGUACAAUCCUCGGUAACACCGGUUUCCAACCCAUAAGGACAGGUUCGGUCUGAUUGUUACAUCAUAUAAACCUGAGUUAUCGUUGAUUCCGCUUUAGCAAGGGGGUGGGUGCGUUUCUGGGCACCUUACUGUUAUGUGUCAUGGUCAGACAAGUGCACCGCAAAGGGACUAAUAGCGUUCACCCUCUACCACGCCACCACUACCACCAAGGUUGCAAGUCAGCAGCGUUAAAAUCCGCGAUCGUCCGUACCACUGGCCGCACACCUUAACAUGCCCGAUAUCCUGUCGCAGCUAGUGAAACUUUUUAUCGCUCCUAUGCGACUAAAUUAAUAUCCCGCUUUUUGUCAGCCUCCUAUUUGUCUGUCCAGACCCCAAACGCCGUCUCCAGUGACUGCACCUUAGGCGGUUUUUGCUCACAAUGUGGUAGCUUGCUGAAGGCACUGGGAAUCUUCGGAGUGGAUUUUAAAAAGAAUGCUGCACCUUCCAUCGGGACUUGACGCGCACGCCUUCUUAUUAGUUUAGUUGAUUUGGCCGUGCCCCUCUCCAUCCCAACAGAGUUUCUUUACUGACAGUGCAGCAUUCUUUCUGCGUCUAGUGUUAAGAAAGUCGUGACUUGUUGCGAAUUAGCUCAUGUCUGAGUGACUAGGAAGCCUUUUUUGGCUUUUAUGCGUGAUGAACAGCGCGAUAAUUACCCCUGCAUUCAUACUCAACAGGCCCUAUGCUUAUCCCUACUGUCUGCUUCCUUUCCAGAAUCGGAUCCCAAAGUAAGUUCCCCCCAUCCGCGUCCUCCGACCUGUCACCCUUCAGUUAUGUCAGGAUGUUGGACCACAGCACUCGGAGACGCGACUUCGACGAGAUUAAUUUUAUCGGUGGUGGUGCCUUCUCCAGUGUGUAUAGCGUAAGUAGACUGGCAGUUUCUUGUUUCACACCCCCUCCCCGCCUACUCGCUACAGGCAGUACACAGACUCGAUGGCAGACGAUACGCUCUCAAGAAGUUGACCAACAUAUCAUCGAGGACUGCUUUGGUAAGUCCUAUUGCCCUGUCCCUUAUUCAUCCUAUCGUACGGCAGUUUUAUUAUGUUGUGGCGUGUUGCCAGAAGGCCUAACCUGUCGUCCGCUGUUUUUUUAUUCAAUCUUAGUCCAAAAUGUCGAGAGAAAUUAGAAUUGACCAAGAAGACCGCAAACAGACUGUCAUCAAUGACAUGCUUCGCCCCAACCAACUAGUUUCUCGGAUUUAGGGCGAUUUUUAGUCUACGUAGGACAGUCGGUGCCUUUUAUAUCACUCUGGGAAUUUAAAUACUCCUGAUACCCUUUUGCAUGUUAUUUCUCGUUUCCCAUCUUGGGACAUUUUUACGACAAAGCCUACGGAUAUGUAGCUUCGGCGAGCCCCUUGAUAGGAGUGCUCUCUCACAUCAACAGACUGAAAGCCUUCGUGCAUUGCUGUGAUUUUAUCGCCAAGGGCUGUACAUCUUGCCCUCCUUUUCCAGAGGCACGCCAGAGAAGAGGUGGCUGUUCUGUCACGACUGGAACACCCCAACGUGGUUCGCUAUUACACCUGCUGGAUAGAAGCGGACAUCUGGCCGCCCAGCCCUUCUGUAAGCUCUGAACCUGUUAACCCUUUGUUGGUACUUUCGCACAAGUCACUCGCAGUAAUUGCAGUGCGUGACCGAUCUCCUGAAAUGUUUGCCGAAAUUCUGAAAUGCGUUUUCGAUUAGGGAGGAUUACUUGGGUGGGCUAGUAAUACUGAUAAGUAUGCAGCCUAAGCCUAUAGCAUUUCGAAAUCACUAGGAUGUCGGCUUUUGGAUGCACCCCUUUUGACCUUCUGCAGAAAUCACACUCGGUAAAAACUGACUAAUUAAGUAGCAUGCAUUCUUCCUAUUGAUUUUCAAUGGUCUUGUAAAUUCAAAUAUAUUUUGUAGAAAACAUGCACAAAAUGUGCUUUCUUUUACUCCUUUGGCAGAAAAUCACAUUGUAUUGAUAGAUGAUGCCCGAAAAAGUGUAUAUUUGACUUUUGAAAAUGUUUCUAAUUAUGAGAUUUUUAAGACCGUGCAGUGUCCCUGCAUACAGGACCGCACAUGUCCGUUUCUCAAUGCACCCACUGAAAUGCACAACACAGUCCGGAUCCAUUGCAAAAUUUUGGGAACCCUAUGUAGUACCUUCUUAAAGGCAUAGAGGAACUUGGGAUUUUCCUUACGUGGAAAGCGUGCACCUUGUAGACUGAAAUCGCCAAACGCCAAUACAAUGGCAGAUCAGGCUCAAAAUUAUCCAGGAAUUGGAAAACUUUUUAAAAUCCAAAUAUACACUUUUUCGGGCAUCAUCUAUCAAGACAAUGUGAUUUGCUACCAAGGGAGUAAAAGAAAGCAUAUUUUUGCAUGUUUUAUUUAAAAUAUAUUUGAAUUUACAAGGCCAUCGAAAGUUAAUGGGAAAAGUGCAUGCUACUUAAGUAGUACGUUUUUACCGAGUGAGGUUUCUGCAGGGGGAGCGAAAAGAAGCUCAAUCAAAAGCCGACAUCCUGGCGAGCCUGAAAUACUAUAGGAUUUUGCCGUAUAAUGAUCAAUACUACAACCCCACCUAAGUAAUCCUUCCUAAUAGAGAGGCAUUUCAGAAUUUCGGCCAACAUUUCAUGAGAUCGGUCAAAUGAAGCUUUUGCAGUUUGACCGGGACCGAUACAGAACGCGAGGCCAGAAUCAGCAGACCUGCCUCAUCCAGUAUCAGUGUAACAAUGUGGACCUCAUGGUUGCAUAUUACCCUCCAUGAGUUAGGCCUUUAGGUAGUAUAUACUCGGGCCCUCCCAGCUCCCAUGAUUAGAGCGUAAACUGUACUCAGGCCUUGCCUUUGCCAUCAUAAUUCCGACUCCCACCGAGGCCGCGGAGUACUACACAUCUGUCAAAACAGCCUGGUGGUUGUUUGGCAGAUUCUAAAUCAACUUCUCAGAAAAUCCUGCCUGUUCACUCAGUCUGUUGUAUCAGAAUUGCUACACUUCAUUCAUUCAUUCAAAUGUGAUCACGCUCGCGGCCAUUGGUCGAGGCCCUGUAGGUCAGGUGACGAAAUCGUUGGCUAUGUCUUGUGUUCGAAUCUCACCGGUUCUGCCGAUUCUUCCACAAUUGGGUCAAAAUGCGACAAAAACGCCUGUCAGCAGCAGCAGCAGCAGCAUCGUGACGGAGGUCAGCAAGAGGCGGCCACCUACUACGACGCCAAGGGAUUCCCUUAGACACCAGCAGAGGUACAUGAACAAGCGCGAAGAAGAUAUUGGGACGGCAACGAGUCCGGCCUGCUCAUUCCUUCAUCGGCUAGCCCUACUCCACACUACCCUGCGCAAGUAUACCAUGUAGAGGGUCUACAAGCAAGGUGCACCUGCUGAUUCUUGAUCGCCACCAGGCUGAAGUUGAUCAGUUCCUACUUACGCUCCAGUCCCCGACUGACUAGAGGAUACUCCGAAUAGAAUGACAGAGAUCGCGAACUUGUGGUCACCUCUUUGACCCACGAGCGCCAGACAAUUAAAUAGAUGCAGAAUGCAGUAGGCGAUGGCUGAGACCAUUCGUUUUUUUUGUUUCGCAUUCCAAACUAUCACCGGCCUUUCAUAUACUCAUCCCUCCCUACCUUACUUUCCCUUUUCGCAGGACCCCCUUGUCAACAAGUCGAGGUAAAUUUCACAAAAAUUUCAAUAUUUCCUGUUUACUAUUUCUAUAUUUUCUCCCUUCUGCAUCUCCCGCCAUUUUUAUUGAUUCCAGCCAGGCUAGAGUGUCUCUCGCUGAGGAUGAGGAGGAGAGUGGAGAUUCAUCACUCACCAGCACUGACCACUCACAGGGCCGUUUAUGGACAGUGGCAGGGAGUUCCGUGACCACGUCCUCCCCCUCCUGCUCGUCCAUCAACUCAACAUCGAACUCUUCUGGGGCAGCCAUUAGCCUUCAGGUCUCCGACGAGGAGGAGAUGCAGCUUGCUGUGCCUCGACCGGUAUGCGCUUGACAGUUUACUUACUCAUAUGUGCAUGGCACUUACCUCUAUCGGCCAUCUGUAGACAAACUCGAGUCCGGUUCGUUUGUUCCAAGUAUCAUAAACUCCCAAGGUCAAGGCCUGCAGUCAAAUUACUAUCCCUUGACAAUUAGCGCCUCGUCAUUCCUCUUUCAAAUUCGUUACCGCUGCGUCUGACAUGUGCAGCUUUUGAGGCAACCCUUACGAUGGUCACAUUGUUAUCGCGUCCAGACCUUCGGAGCUCUUAAUUGGACCAUAAUUUCUAACUCUCACAGCUCGCUGUCAAGUUUCACCUUCCGCUUCGGGCAUCCGAAGCCGAAAUAUCCCGCGCAAAUAAAAGUAUUUAAGAUCUCGGAGUAUUUUACUAGGGUUAGAUAUACUGACUCAGUUGCCGUCCAAAAUUGACGUACCGAGCUCGCCACGGACUUCAAUCUAUUCAAAUGUUCUCGGAACACCACCAAAUAUGCGGAUGACAGGGUUGUUAGAGUUAAACUGGUUGACAAGGACCGACAGGGCAACGGGCUCGUAGCUCAGUAGUUAGAGACGUGGACUUCUAACUACCAGACCGCGAGUUCGAGCCUCGGGCGUUCCACACUGCGGGGUUGGGUAUGACUGGCUGACGACGGCUAAUAAGCCAGAAAUGGCCAUUCCAGUCUCCCUUGUCUUUGUCGGUAAUGCCAUUCUAUCUCGAUUUCAUUUGUUGCGUAUGCAGUCAGACAACCAGUCAGCGGAUCUUUCAUCCCGCGUUUGUUAUUCGACUUUGCAGGCUAUACCUACCAUAGCAAGUUCUUUUUUCCCUCAUCAUCACCCCUCAGAACAAGGCAGACAGCUCCACAGUGAAGGGUGGAACGCAUUUAACUGUGACUGGGAACUCAGUAAAAGUCCCCAUCACCCGUCGCGGCGUACGGUCGGACUAAGUCGCAGUUCUGCAUCCUUUCUUUCCGUGACCUGCUGUAUUAGCUCUCCGAUCCUGUCUGUCUUCUGGUACUACAGGCAAGGUCAAGGUUGUGAACCCUGCAGAAGUUAACGAACACUCAUAAAUUUCCUGACCUCUUAUUCAACCGCACAAACGGUCCUAUUGCGAGCACAGAUGUGGCGCUCCCUAUGCUAUCCAGAGACCGCGAUGAUACGGAGGAGAAAACCAGAACCGCGUAUGCAGUUGGGUCGCGUGCACCACUUCAUACUGCCAUGGUUAGAUCGAGUGAUUUAUAUAAGCCCCCCCCCCUCCUCGUCCGCAAACCCCCUCCACAUAACCAGUUAUUGUUUAAUGUCGUGUAGUCCCGACCACACUGGACUUGACAGCCUGUCAAAUCCAAUGUUUUCCGUCUCCUCCUCCCCUUCUGGCCCACACCUUCCUCUUUCCCAGUCUUUAUCGAGUCUGGAAAGCCUAUUGCACUGAGUGGUACUGUGAGCCGUCCUACCUUCUUGUCAGAUCCGUGCUUAGCGGUCUUCGUGCACAUGACUCCGUAUACCAACUUUGCCUAUUUCUCCCUCUUCGGCGUCCCUCAGGCCUCUCGUCUACGUCUACCCAAGCCGUCGCUUUUCAUCCAGAUGGACUUCUGUCAUUCCACCCUUGAAGAUUGGUUGCGUCAGCGCAACUCACGACUCCUCUGCACCAAUGAGCUUCCAACCACUGCGGCCGUUGCCGAAUCAGGCCUAAGCGAGGCAGAGAGCCUAUUGCGAAGGGCACCCUGGUCGGGACUCAGGCAUGCCCCUGUGCGAUGGUUGUUUGACCAGAUUGUCAAUGGGGUCCAUUACCUCCACCAGAAUGGCGUGCUGCACAGGGACUUGAAGGUAGGUCUUCGUUUCCAUUAG